ACCGCCACCGCCACCGCCACCGCUGCCGUCACCACUGGUUGCCCCCUCCCCUCCUCCGCUGCCCCUCCCUCUACCUGCCCCCUCCCAGCACCAUGCCAUCCUCCACGGGUGCCCCCAUCCUGAAGGCCCCUCUUGGGGUGGAGAAGCACCGCAAGUACUUUGACAAGUGUCUGCUCGGGCCGAUCCCGCACUACUUCGCCACCCUCGAGCCGUCGCGCAUGUCGCUCGUGUUCUUCCUGAUCGGGGGCAUGGCCAUCACCGACUCCCUCGAGUCGCUGAAGGCCAGCGGUGCCGGAACCGCUGUGGCCGACUGGAUCUACAUGAUGCAGGUGGAACCGACGUCGGAAAACGGCGGUGCCGCCGGCUUCCGGUCCAGCAGUGUGCUCGGGUGCGGCGAGCAAAUUUCCUCCGCAUCCUCCGACAGCCCCAUCCACACCCUGGACACAUCGCACAUCACCAUGACCUACUGUGCGCUGGCUGCUCUGGCCAUUCUCGGAGACGACUUCUCCCGGGUCAACCGCGCAGCCAUUGUCCAGCACCUGCGGUCGCUCCAGCGGGAGGAUGGCUCCUUCCAGGCGGUUUCCUAUGGUCCGGGCAUGAAGGCACUUGACUUCACCGCUCCCGGCCCCGAUGGCCAGCCCCUGCCGGGGAUCGGCGACAGCGAGUACGACAUGCGCUUCCUGUUCAGUGCUUGCGCCGUAUCUUGGCUGCUGGAUGACUGGUCUGGCAUCGACCAGGUUCGCGCGCUGGAGUACAUUCGCCAGAGCUACAACUACGAUGGCGGCUUUGGUCAGGGGCCCUUCUUGGAGUCCCAUGGCGGCUCGACCUUCUGUGCUCUGGCCUCGCUCAGCCUCAUGGGCAAACUGGAUGAGGCUUUGCCCGACCGGGACCACACCAUCCAGUGGCUCAUCCACCGCCAGCUGGAGCUCAGCUACAAUGGCCGUCCACACAAGGACGAGGACUCCUGCUACUCUUUCUGGGUGGGCUCCUCCAUUGAGCUCCUGGAAUCCGGCCACCUGCCGGAUCAUGCCAAAAUCAUGACCUACCUCUCCAAGUGCCAGUCGGUGAUCGGUGGUCUGUCGUCUUCGAUGGGCGGCUCGCCGGAUCCGAUCCACUCUUACCUGGGCCUCUGCGGAUGGCACCUUUGCCAGAAGCACCUUGGCAGUGCCGGUGUCGAGAACCUGGACGAUGCUCCGGCGGACUUCCCCCUGAUUUCGAUCGACACCUCCCUCGACAUGCCGCUCCAUUCGGUUGAGCACAUGAAGAAGCUGCACGCGCAGUGGAAGAAGCAGGACUGAGUGUGUGUGUGUAUGUGUGUGCUGGCGCUCAGGCCUGAGGGGGCACGCUUUUUGCGGUACCAUGACCAUCCAGGAUUUGAUCCACCAUGCCCGACCCUUCUCAACAAACACAUACACACACCCCGGUUGGAAAGAAAAACACCUUUCACCUUUGCCUCUCCCCCAACAAGAGGGGAGGAAGGGAAGGGGGGGGGGGGGG